AAAAAAUUGAUACCACCACAAUCUGAAAAUUUGUGUGUAGCUGAGUGAAAAGUGCGACAAAAAAGAAAAUUCAAUUAUAAAAUUGAAUUAUAUUUUUUUUGUAUAAUAAACAAAAAUAAGUUCAUUAUCAUUAUUAUGAAAUAAAUAAAAAAAACAAAAAUGAAUUCUUCAACAUCAACAAUAACUUCAUCCAAACAACAACUAAGUCCACUUGUUUAUUGGGCCCAAACUGAAGACCAAAUUACCUUAAAAGUUGAAUUAAAAGAUUCAAAACAACCAAAUGUUAGAUUCGAUGAGAAAUCUAUUAAAUUCAAUACCUACGGGCUGGGUGCUCGUGGAUUGAAUGAAUACCAAUUUACUUUAAAUUUGUUUGCGAAAAUUGACGAUGAUGAUUCGAAUUUUAAAGUAUUCGAUUCGAAAAUUGAAUUUACAAUUAGAAAGCAAGAUCCGGCCUGGUGGCCGAGACUAAUUGCUACCCCACAAAAACCACAUUGGUUAAAAAUCGAUUUUGACCGAUGGCGUACAGAAGACGAUGUCAUCGACGAGGACGAACCUCGCGAUGUUAUGGAAGAUUACUCGUCGGCAAGUAGGAAAUUACAUUUGGAAGAACUUGGUUAUAUUAAGGAAAGUGGCAAAAAAGUCUAUAUGGUCUUUUACAAUCUUUGCCAAUUUGUUGGGUAUACUUAUGUGCUGUUGGUGAUGUCUGUACUCUACUAUCGAGAUGGACCGGAUUCCAUGUCGACGGUUUAUGAGUUUGUGGGGAAUCCGUUGAAGUUUUGUCAACUUUUGCAGUACUUGGAAGUUCUGCAUCCGAUAUUUGGUUAUACCAAAGGGGGACCAUUGAUACCGUUCUUCCAGGUGACUGGGAGGAAUUUCGUACUCUUUCUGAUGAUUACUCUGGAGCCGAGAAUGCAAACGAAACCGGUGGUCUUUUAUGUAUUUUGUAUUUGGUCGUUGGUAGAAGUUGUAAGGUAUCCAUAUUAUAUAAGUCAAAUGUUUGAAUCAAAUAUUGGUUUAUUAACAUGGUUGCGAUAUACUAUCUGGAUUCCACUUUACCCGAUGGGAAUACUAUGUGAAGGAAUAAUUAUCUUGCGAAAUAUACCAUAUUUUGAAGAAACCAAAAGACUGUCGGUGGAAAUGCCAAAUAAAUGGAAUUUUGCAUUUGAUAUGCCAUCGUUUUUGAAAGUUUAUUUGAUAGUUUUAGUAUUGCCAGGGACUUAUUUGUUAAUGACUUAUAUGGCAAAGGCUAGGGCUAAGAAAUUGGGUGGUGGACGGAGUAGUGGAAGUAGUGGAGGAGGUGGAAAGAAGAUUCAUUCCAAUUGAGUUUUUUUUUUUUUUUUUUUUGUAAUUUUUUAGAUUUUAAUGAAAUUUACUUAUUUUUUAAGUAAAAAAAUUAAGAAAAUAAACGAAAAGUUAGAUAAUACAAGAAUUUUUUUUUUUUGUGUAAUAUUUCAAAUUUAUUUAAAAUAAUCAAAGACUUGUAAUUAAAAAAAAAAA